GUCCGGGUUCACGCCUCUUAAUCACCGAUCAGCAGCGCUUGGAAACGCCGCAGAUAUACUCGAAUUGAUCGACGGAUUUGUCCCUCAUUCAACUAAAGUUUUAAAAAAGACCAACUAAACAAUAUAAAUCGAAUCGCGAUAUUGUGGUGAUAUUUUUCAGUGAAAUGGCAGAAGCCAGUAUUUCAGUGGAUCAGGAUCAGUUCACUUGUCCAGUGUGUCUGGAUCUCCUGAAGGAUCCAGUGGCCAUUCCCUGUGGACACAGUUACUGUAUGAGCUGCAUCACUGACUGCUGGAAUCAGGAGGAUCAGAAGGGAAUCUACAGAUGUCCAUUAUGCAAACAGACCUUCACACCAAGACCGGUUUUAGGUAAGAAUGUGGUGAUUGCUGAGAUGGUGGAGAAACUGAAGAAGACGAGACUCCAAUCUGCUCCUGCUCCUCCUGCUGCUCCUGCAGUUGAUCACACUGAAUCUGGAGAUGUUCAGUGUGACUCCUGCACUGGAAUAAAACAGAAAGCAGUGAAGUCGUGUCUGGAGUGUCGAAGCUCUUACUGUCAAAAUCACCUUGAACAGCAUGAGAAUCUCUUCAGAAGUAAAAGACACAAUCUGAUGGACGCCACUGGACGACUGCAGGAGAUGAUCUGCACUCGACAUGGUAAAAUGCUGGAAAUUUACUGCCGUACUGACCAGCGGUGUAUCUGUAUGAUGUGUUUGAUGGAUGAACACAAAAAUCAUGACACGGUAUCAACUGCAGCAGCGAGGACUGAGAAACAGAGACAUUUGGAGAAGAAACAGAGAAACAUCCAGCAGAGAAUCCAGCAGAGAGAGAGAGAUCUUCAGCAGCUGAGAGAGGCUGUGGAGUCUCAUAAGCGCUCUGCACAGACCGCAGUGGAGGACAGUGAGAGGAUCUUCACUGAGCUCAUCCGCUCCAUUGAGAGACGUCGCUCUGAGGUGACGCAGCUGAUCAGAGAUCAGGAACGAGCUGCAGUGAGUCGAGCUGAAGAACGACUGGAGCGACUAGAGCAGGAGAUCAAUGAUCUGAGGGGGACCGACGCUGAGCUGAAGCAGCUUUCACAAACACAGGAUCAUGUUCAUUUCCUCCAGAGUUUGUCGUCUGUCUCUCUCUCUGGAUCUACAGACGGCUUCACUGUCAGUUCUCAUCUGUCUUUUGAUGAUGUAGUAAAAUCUGUCUCUCAACUCAGAGACAACCUGCAGCAGUUCUGCAGCGAGGAGACAGAAAAGAUAUCUGGAAGAGUGAAAACUGUCCAGGUCAUUCUGGCUCCUGAAAAUCAGACCAGAGAGGAGUUUCUACAAUAUUCCCAUCUGUUGACUCUGGAUCUGAACUCAGUGAAUAAUUGGCUCCGUCUGUCUGAGGGAAACACAGUGAUCACUGUUUCUGACACAUUUCCGCCAUAUCCUGAUCAUCCAGACAGAUUUGAUAGUUGGCUUGAGGCGAUGUGUAGAGAGAGUUUGACUGGACGCUGUUACUGGGAGGUGGAGUGGAGUGGAGCUGGAAGAUCAGGAGUGGAUAUAGCAGUGACGUAUAAGAGCAUCAGCAGGAAGGGAAAUGGUCCUGAGAGUGUAGUUGGACGUAACAAUCAGUCCUGGACUGUGUUCUUCUCUCCCAUCCAUUGCUCAUUCACACACAAUAACAUCGAGACUGAACUCCCUGUAGUGUCCAAGCGUAGAAUAGGAGUGUAUGUGGAUCACAGCGCAGGGAUUUUGUCCUUCUACAGCGUCUCAGACACAAUGAUCCUCAUCCACAGAGUCCAGACCACAUUCACUCAGCCGCUCUAUGCUGUGUUUGGAUUUGAUAGAAACUCAACAGUGAAACUGUGUCGUCUAACCAAUUAAAUUAUGUAGAUAUUCUAUUAUUUUAUCAUAUUCACUACUAUUAUAACUUUUAUAACUAUUAUAACUUUUAAUAAUUACAUAUGUAUUAAGAUUAAAAUUUCUCAUUAGAUGAGGUAUACAAGUUAUACAUAAAAAUGUAUAAAAAUCUUUCAAAUCUCCCAAUAAAAUAUGUAUUUUGUUAUUAAAUACAAUGGCAAGAAGUUUGUGAACCCUAUAUUUGGAUGUCUGCACUGAUUACUGUAGACCAGUG